ACAAUUUGCCCAUUGAAAAAUGGCGCUGUAAGCUGUCGUCGUGUGUGUUUUCUGGUCAACGUCCGUAGGCCUUUCCUCGAAGGUGCCGCAGAGACUCGCCGCCAGUGAUCGUGGUGGGCUCGUCGGGCGCCUUCGAGGAAACCCCCCACAAUGCCAAAAGUCGUCGAGAACAUGCAACUUGGCUUUGCUGGCUGUCGCACCGCUUUUCGAAGGUGUUGCCGGUGGCUGACGUGCAGCGGGAGUGUCCCCGGUCGAGAGCCUCGUGAUCAGUACGAGGUGCUGUGCUUGGGUCUUACGGGUGCGGGCAAGUCUACAGCCCUGGCCACAUUAGUGGGGGAACCCUGGGAUGCCCUUGAGCCUACCACUGGCUUCAACAUCAAGACGCUGCCAGUCAAUGAUACUGUGCUCAAUAUCAAGGAACUGGGUGGCUCGGUACGGCCAUUCUGGCAGGAGUACUUUGGGGAUGCACAUGGAGUGUUGUUCGUGCUGGAUGGUGCUGGUGGUGAAGCCUCCUUACAGGCAUCCCGCCAGACCUUGGCAGAAGUGCUGCCACAGCUGAAGGGGCGUCCCUGUGUUGUGCUGGCCACCCACGCUGACCUUUCGGGCUGCGCUACUCAAGCACAGGUGGAGCAACUGCUUGAAGGCCUGAUGCAUGGCCGAAAAUCAGCAGUGUUGUCUUGUUCCCGGGGCCAGCGUCAGGAAGUGCUCAAGGCACUUGAAAUGCUCACUGGUUACAUGACGGCAUCCAUCAAGUAGCAUCGAGCCACAGACGCGCCUGUAUGAAAUGCUCAAGGGCGGUGCUUGGCCUCACCCCCACCGUACCGACAGAUGUGUUGCGAACAGAUGUAUUCCUCACCACCCUGACCAUCAUCCUCCGGCACAGUUGUGUUUCCUGACACGAAACUCACUGGUAGUUUCUUUUUACAAUUUGCCUAUCUGUAAAUGGCACCAAGGCUCUUCUUACCUGACAUGUGGAGUGCCACUUGGCUUCGCAGCGGCUCGCCUCAUUUUCUUCUAAACAAACUUUGUGCGAUUAGUGCUGCCAAAGCUUGGCAUCUCAUCUGCUUGUCAAAACAUGUGCGAGUGUUGACAAGACAUAUGCAACGAGAUUAACAGGGUGUACACGGCGAACCUUUGUUAGAAACCACACCAUACUUCUGUCCGCUGCCACUUGAGGCAGACUAAACAUGAUGUUGGUACCUGUAAGCACUUAUUAGCAAGUGCUUUGGUAGGAUUUCCCAAAAUGUUGUUAGGGUACAGCUGGACAGCCAUGCAUGGUGGACAUGGCUUGGCCUCAGCUGCAUCAAUCACCAUGGUGACUGUAUUGGGUUUUGCAUUGAAUGACUCAUUCAAGUGUAUUGCUCUGCAUGGCAUUUGGCAUUACACCGAGCAUUCGCAAGAUGAGUGGUAAUAGACAGUUGUGCAUUGACAAUGAUAUGUUAGAAGAGAGACGUUUUAAAUAUGUUUGUACCAAAUCUACAGAGAGUGAAAUGUCACAUUGCAACCAUUUUCUUGGCGUGGUCAGUCCAGCACAAUCGCACCUGGCUACUUCUGCCCGUGAUGAGCUCAACGUGUUCCCACCUUCUGAAUCUGACUGCAUUUCAGUCUGGCGUCCUUGUUUCAAGCAGUGUGUGUUGUUUUAAGUCGUCUUACUAUUGUACACAGUAUUUGCUAUGGCAUGCAGUUGUGAUAGUUCCAUCUACGGACCCUGCAGACAACAUCGGCAUUAAUGACAUCCCACUGCAUGGCCCGACACGGCUGUAGUGUUUUAUCCCUGGCCUGUCCCAGUGAAGAGCAUGCAUGCAAGCGCACAUUACAAGUCAGCCGAAAUGCGUGCUCACAUUUCCCGCAUUGUAGGCAUUCCUCUGUUCUUAAAUCAAGCCUGCAGGUGCAGGCUUCAGAACUUGUGGUCUACUCUUAAUCUGUAGCUCACUGUUUGCUGUGAUGCAAGCCAUUUUGUUGUCGCACAAACUAGACUUGGCAUGCUCGCCCGCCCUGCAUAUUGUGUUCAUGCUGUGUGGCAAAACAGCACACCAAAGAUUGCAACUGCGUGCAUUUGCUACUGCCAUUGGAAAGCAGUGCUGUCUGUUUUUUGUGUGUAAUGCCUGCACGUCACAGUUUGGUUGUUCAGAGCUCAAAAUUCAUUUCACCAUAGCACACACAAACUGAAUUUUAACACCGAGCUUUUGAAUUUCUGAAUAUAUGCAUCUGUGUUGGUGAGGUCCAACUGCCCCAAGUUAUUGCUAUAUUAACCAGAAGUCUCUCAACAGUUCUCUUAUAUUGCUGAAAAGAAACCUGGCAGUGAACUUACUGCCCUUGCAACCUCAUUUGUUCAUUGUGCAAGUUCAGGCAGUCAACCUAGCAUUUGAAAGUUAUUCGCUGUAAUGUGUUUCAGAUACAUAUUUUUGUCUGUCUGUUGUCAACAUCAGGUAUGUUCAUUUUCGUUGAGGCAAUAUUUCACAGCAAGAUCCCCUUGGCUCCGUAUUUUCCUUGACAGAGAUAAUGCUGUGUAGAGACCCAGUGCCAUAUUAUGUAAGGAUUAUUUUCAUUUCAUUUUGUUCACUUAUCACCCAUCACAGCGAGAGGCCUAUACUGGUGAUAACGGAGGUGCGACAUUAUGCCAGCCAAUGACGCAGGACAAAAAGUAUCAAAAAUGAAAAAGUCAUUACAUAAUACGGCCCCUAGUUUCACUUAUUUCACUAUGCAACUAUGUAAAAUUUAUCAGCACCGUGCAAUGACUCUUAGUGGUUAAAAUUUUUUCUUCUCACAGGAAAACUUGGUGCCACUUCUCAACACAGUCCCCACUCAAUCUGUGGUGUGCCAAGAAUUGUUGCUUCUUAUGGGUCUUUGAAGGAGAGAGGCAGUCUUUGCUUCAACUGUAGCCAACGGCAAUGCUUAUUUGCUAUCUGUUUAAACCCUCGGUUAAGCAAAUUGCUACCGAAAAGAACAUGGUUCCCACGAGCCAUGCAUUUUGCGAGACCUCUUCUUUUGAAUACACCACUGAGCAUGACAACUUGUACUUCACCAAAGGUAGCAUAAUGUAGUUUUACAGUAAUUCUGUAACAAGAAAGUAUGCAUUCCAUAACCAGAAAGUAUUGCAAGGGGAAAUGAGAAAGAUGAAUUUGCACUUGAGGUACUAAAUUUGAAAUAUUUUUGUAGCGUUUCAUGUGAGGUUUUGGACAGACUUGCAUCUACAUGAAAAAUUGGGUAGAAUUUGAAUAGAUGCCAUCUCGGAUAGAUUCCUUUGCUUUCCACAAUCAGUAAAGAAUACUUUCUGGGUAUACUCACACAACCUGAUGACAGAACCUGUCUUUUUUCCUUUUUUUGCCUUGUUUAAAGCGAGUAUGUGCCCUUGUGCACAUACUUAUAAUGAUUGAGGGUCCCUGUUUGUACAACCUGGUCCACUGUUCAAAGGAACAUAGGAGCACAGGACCUCCAUUCUGUACUCUAAGCAAUUGGUACACACGUUUCUUUUUUUGCAGGAAGGGAGUGGGUUUGACACAACAGUGUCAUCGUGUGUAGUUGUCUACUGUGCCAAGCCACUGCAAACAUUUUCGGUUAUUCCUUGCAAUUAGGGGAUUGCUGUUCAUCUUACUUACAAGCCAGCUACUGCAGACAACUGAUUUUAGCAGACAGCUGUGUUGUAAUGCCUUUGACUGCCCUGAAGCUUUGUUACUAAGUGAGCAGACAAUGUGAAAUGAGAACAGCCUUCUUAACGACAGCAUUCACUGUGUGGCGGCUGCUUGCUUUGGUGUUCAAUUUAAGCUGUGAUUCGCUCUGUGCAUUCUUGUGACAGGCCACUUAAUAUCAGAAGGAUCAAGCGGAUACACAAUCUGCAACAGUUCAGUUCUACAUGAGCAGGCAUUCUUGUUCACAGUUGUGUUCUGUAGAAACCCUCUAAUGCAUUUUUCACAUGGGAAGCAGGAUUGAUUCAUGCAGCUGAACAGACCAACCAAUGCAUUCUAUGCCUCCAAAUCAAUUCUAACCACCUGGGGUAGCUUAACUGGCACCCUAUGCAUAGCUGUGUUCUGCGCCUAUUGGUAUUUGGCUGCAGUCGAACCCCCAACCAUGUGCUCAGCAGCACAAUGCUAUAGCCACUGUAGGCGUGUGACUGCAGUAGUGCAGUAGCCUGAAAACACCUUAUGUGGACAUGUUAGUAUCAUGAGAGCCUGUUGUAACUCUUUGAGGAAUGUAUUAGCAGGGUUCUACUGUACGCCACCUCAUUUGUUGAUUAGCCUGAAGCCAAAAAGGUGGUCUUGUGCGGGACAUGCCGAACAGACGGUACCCAACACGCCAGUGCUUUAAGCACUGCUCCAUCACACUUGCUGGAUGCUUUUAAGCUUUCUGUGGACAAUACUAUGCAGGCAAGGGGAUUAUAUUUGUGUUUACUUGCACAGCACUGUUUUAAAAGGUGGUGAGUUACUAAGGACAGCAUCAUGUCUAGUCUAGUCUUCUUUUUAUACUCUGUUGCUGCAGAAGCAGCCUUUUGUUAGCUGCUUUUAUUGGCAUUUGUUUUAAAGUUUUCUUAUUGAAUGUCUCUUGUCUGCUGCAUGCUCCUGUUUUACACAUAUCCCCAUGCAAUUUUUAUACCCGCGUGUGUUGAAACAUGCUGCAGAGAUACUUCAUAUUGUUCUCAGAGAAAGUAGGUCAUGAUGCAAAACUUGCAGACUAGCCAAUGACCUGUUUAUAGCUUGCAAGGUUUAUUUGGAUGCUGCUAAAGAUUCUGUUGGCCUGUCAAAUAUGACAUCUGCCAUAUUGUGUGCGAUAGACUGUUUGUCACAAUGUCCCAGGUCACUGCUUUCCUCCACCCAAAUGUGCAAUAGCAAAAGUUUAUGAACAAGACAAAUACCAUUGAGAUGUUUUCUAAACUAUUGCCAUUGCUGUCCUAGAAAGUUUUGUUUAUUCAUAGCCCUAUUGUAGUUAUCACUCAAAAAGUCAUCAUUUGAAUGAAAAACACAGGCAAAAAAGAAUACCUUUCCCAUUCUGCAUUCGUCCUGUCUUCUUCUACCUCAGUGUCUCAUCCCUAGCGCAGUUUAAGUUCACAAAAAGUAUGCCUUGCCAACUAGCCUCCCAACUCUCUCCUUGAUUUCUUUCCCACAGAGUUCAUUUAGCUUGCUCUGUGUGCAGAGCAAAAGUUAGCACUGUACUUAAUGAACUCAGAAUUUUGGAAUACUCAGGGUAUUUGGUACUAUCAAAUUAGGCACGCUUGGCUAAAGGGGCCCUUGAAUAAAUUCACGAUUUGCUCAUGACUGCCAAUUGGUCAAAGCAAGUGCCAGCAUGAAAGCUGCAAAUAUCUUAUUUACUCCUGCUUUAUGUAAAUCACCAAGCUUCUCUUUUUUUCUCCUCUCAUUCUGCAGAAAAGCUGAAUCUGUAUAUUUUCAAGAAUUUGCACAGUGACACCAGAGCCCUUUAAAGAAGUACUUUUGUUUGUCAGUGUUUACUUUUCAAGAACUGAGCUCAGCUUCAUUCAGCACUGACAUAUAAACUGAAGCGAAGUGUAAUUGCAUCCCUUUUAAUCUGACUUUCCAAGUUUUUCCCCCCAUAUCCAUAUGUGCACUCAAGCGAAGUCUUGAUUAUGGAAAUCGUAUGUUAUUACUCCUUUGCAUGUUCUAUUCUGCAUUUGUCUUUCAUCUGUUGGUGCAGUGUGCUUGUCAAGUGCAAUGUACCUGCAAGCUUUUAUUCUCCUUCCACACUCUAAAGCCUGGUUGUCGCUGUGUUGUGUAGUGUCUAGCUCAGAUUACUAGGACUGUUAGCAUUUCCUCUCCGCUGGACUCGUGUUUUUAAGAGGGUAAACUGGGAUAUGACAGUUGCAAGUUGUCAAGAAUCUGCAGGCUUCAUUAUGUUAAAAUAAACCAGCCAAUCAAGA